AUGUCUCAAACAUGCUCGAUGGAAAAAUGCACACGUGUAUCACGUUGGUUAUGUGAUUGUUGCGAAAAACACAUGUGUUUACAACAUUUAAAUGACCAUAAUAUUGCACUCAUUUCUCAAUUGAAUCCUUUAACUGAUGAAAUCAAUGCACUUGGAGAUCGUCUCGAGGCGCUGGGUAUUCACGAAGCGGUUGCGUACAGUCGUCAAAAACUUGAACAGUGGCGUCAAGAUUGUUAUAAGAAGAUUGAUUCUUAUUUUGAACAAAAAUGUCAAGAACUUGAUCAAGUUGUUCAUGAAAUAGUUGGCCAACAACGAGAAAAAAUGAAUCACUUACAAUUGAAUAUAACUGAACUCAUCAAUGCACAAGAAACAACUCGUCAAGAUAUCGAUUCCUUAACAUCAACUAUUCGCCAACUCGAAACAAAUAUGAAAAUCAUCGAACAAACAUGUCUUACAAUUAAUACUCGUCCAUUAUUAAUAGAUGACACGAUCAUUUCUAUAGAGACAACGACGGAACAUGAACUUAAUCUAUCAACUAUUUCACCUGUCUUCAGAACGAUUCAUCGCCCAAAAGGAAGUUUUCGACCAUUUACUGUGAAUGAUCGAUACUUAUUGAUGCAUCAAGAGCCCAAUUUAUGUUUAUUUGAUCGUACCCUGAACAUAGCCAAACAAAUUACAUGGUCAUAUGAUGCAAUUCAGGACAUGUGUUGGUCAUCAACAUUGAAUCGAUUCAUUGUACUUGGAAAAAAUAACAUCCUUCUCAUUAACGAAAAUACAAUGGCAGUUGAUAAUGUGUACACGAUCAAAGAACGACAGUGGCUAUCGGGUACAUGCUCCGACAAAGUUCUCUUUGCAAGUACAAAUGGACGUGCAUCAUCUAUUAUGGAGUUCGCACUAUUGCCAACAGUCAAGUUGAUUAAAGAAUGGAAAUAUCCUCUUACAUGUAGUAAAGAUGAAUUUAUUGUUAGUACUGCUUACAAUAACGGAAAUCUUGCUCUGAUGGUUGUAAAUGUAUUGAAUAAAUUGCUACGCAUGGAAUUGAGAUAUACAAAGACGCUCGAUCCUAUAUGGUCAUUUCAAAUUAAUAUUACUUGGAUUCACAAACUAGCAUUUCGUUGUUGUUCACUUCCUUGUAAUGAAUGGCUCAUAGUCGAUUAUGAGACUGGACGUCUACUUCAGAUUACAAAAGAUGGAAAAGUAAAGAACACAAUUAAAUAUCAACCGACUCCCUGUCGUGCUAUUCUAUUCGACAUAAAUACUCUAGCAGUAUCAACUAUCGAUGACGUCAAUCUGCAUACAAUUCAGUAA